AUGGGUGGCUACGGCUACGUGGGUGAAUACAAUGUGGAGAGACUUUGGUCGGGCCACCGAGUCCUCCGGCCAUCCUCGAGUCAUCGCGGGCAACGGCGCGAUGCCAAGCUUCUGGAGAUUGGUGGCGGCACCAAUGAGGGGAGAGCCAUGCUGACGUGGACACAGUUGGCAAUGCUCGUAAAGAACGAGAACCCCCAGCUGAUGACCGGUGAAAGGUGCGGGGUGCCCUGGGGUCCCGGAAAUGGCGAUGUCACCUGCAAAAAUCUGAGGAGCACAGAACCAUACACGAUUCUGUCAGACAUCAUUAGCUCUUACCUGGGAGAGCUUGAGAAGCUUGAGGAGGUGGGGGAACUUCUCAAGCUCUUCGGCACAUUCCACAUGGAGUAUGAAUUGCCACACAUGGAGAAGCACGCCAAGCUGAAAGCCGUGAAACUCAGAGCGGAGGAGAUUCCAAAGAGGGAACUCCAUUUCGGCGAUUUGAUUUGGGGAGCCACGACGGACGAUGAAGAACAGACAGUAGGCGAACCUACACCUGCGGAGUGCUCUGCGCAUGGGCAGCGUUCGGCUUCCUCCAUGGUGGACAUUGGUGCGUUCUUAGCAGCAGCUGGGCGAUGGUGGCUUCCCCGAAACCAUGCCAUGUCCUACGUCGCGGGAAUUCUGGUCACAGCUUUAGGUGGCGCCUAUGUCAGAAGUGGCAAUGCUGUGGCAUGUCCAAAUGGUGAAGACAUGUCGCGCGACUGUUUCUGGGCUCGGCAAAGAGUGGACUACCAAAUCGUUUACAUCUUGCACUACAUCGGCCUUGCGUGGAACUUUGCUCACUGGGUCAUGGACGGAGCGCAGCUCUGGUUCUGGGCCAAAGCGCUCAGCCAUCAGAAGCCUCUCAGUUUGGUGGCCACCGGAGUGGUCAUGAGAAGAUUUCUCUACUCAGGGAUUUUAUGGCUGGCUGUGCUGCUGAUGACGUUCACUUGGACGUGGUGGAUGGAUUGGACGACUGGGAAUGAUGAGACCAUGAAAACAGAGAGCACCAUUCCCAGACUUGCUGGGGUUCUUCUGGUGGAGAUUCUGUGUGUCCUGGUCGUUUGUUGUGCCAUUUUGCGGGCUGUAGUGAUUUAUCGCGGGGGAGAGGAGAAAGUGGGCGAAAUGUCUACGUAG